AUGUUAUCUAGAGCCAUUGCAAUUCGCUCCAUUUCAAAGACACUACUGAGGUCUUCAUACCCUGCAUGGUCCUCUUCUUUACAAAGAUUUGCGUCUUCUCAAACUGCAAAAGCUCAACCUACCGAAGUAUCAUCAAUAUUGGAGGAAAGAAUUAAAGGUAUCUCAAAUAAAGCUGAUUUAAAUGAAACAGGAAGAGUUCUUGCCGUAGGUGAUGGUAUUGCUAGAGUCUUUGGUCUCAACAAUAUUCAAGCUGAAGAAUUGGUAGAAUUCUCCUCCGGUGUUAAAGGUAUGGCUUUAAAUUUAGAAGCAAAUCAAGUCGGUAUCGUUCUUUUCGGUUCUGAUAGAUUAGUUAAAGAAGGUGAAAUCGUUAAGAGAACUGGUAAAAUUGUCGAUGUCCCAGUUGGUCCAGCUUUAUUAGGUAGAGUGGUUGAUGCUUUAGGAAACCCCAUCGACGGUAAAGGUCCAAUAAAAACAUCUGUACGUUCAAGAGCUCAAGUUAAAGCUCCUGGUAUCUUACCUAGAAGAUCUGUUUUCGAACCAGUUCAAACUGGAUUGAAAGCUGUCGAUGCUCUUGUACCAAUUGGAAGAGGCCAAAGAGAAUUGAUCAUUGGUGAUCGUCAAACUGGUAAGACCGCCGUUGCUUUAGAUACAAUAUUAAAUCAAAAGAGAUGGAAUGAUGGUAAAGAUGAAUCAAAAAAAUUGUAUUGUGUCUACGUAGCAGUGGGCCAAAAAAGAUCUACUGUCGCACAACUAGUACAAACACUUGAACAACAUGAUGCUCUUAAAUAUUCCAUCAUCGUCGCUGCCACAGCAUCUGAAGCUGCUCCUUUACAAUAUCUGGCUCCUUUCACUGCAGCUUCCAUUGGUGAAUGGUUCAGAGAUAAUGGUAAGCAUGCUUUGAUUGUUUACGAUGAUUUGUCAAAACAAGCUGUUGCAUACCGUCAGUUGUCAUUAUUGUUAAGACGUCCCCCUGGCCGUGAAGCUUAUCCAGGUGAUGUUUUCUACUUACAUUCAAGGUUGUUAGAAAGAGCCGCUAAGAUGUCAGAUAAACAAGGUGGUGGUUCAUUAACUGCAUUACCCAUCAUUGAAACACAAGGUGGUGAUGUCUCUGCUUAUAUUCCAACUAACGUUAUUUCCAUCACUGAUGGUCAAAUCUUCUUAGAAACAGAAUUAUUUUACAAGGGUAUUAGACCUGCCAUCAAUGUCGGUCUAUCUGUUUCUCGUGUUGGUUCUGCUGCUCAAGUGAAAGCUUUAAAACAAGUCGCUGGUUCUUUGAAAUUAUUCUUGGCUCAAUACAGAGAGGUUGCCGCUUUUGCACAAUUUGGUUCUGAUUUAGAUGCUUCUACAAAACAAACUUUGGUUAGAGGUGAAAGACUGACUCAAUUGUUGAAACAACCUCAAUAUGCCCCAUUAUCUGCUGAAGAACAAGUACCUCUAAUUUAUGCAGGUGUCAAUGGCUACUUAGAUUCAAUCCCAUUAGACAAAAUCAGUGAAUUUGAAACUUCUUUCUUGGCCUAUUUGAAAUCAAACCACGAAGAUAUAUUGAGCAGCAUUAGAGAUAAAGGUGAACUACCCAAGAAUUUAUUGGAGUCAUUGAAAUCUGCAACCGAAUCUUUCGUUGCUACAUUUUGA